AUGGGAAGCUUCGUUCAUGCCGUCGAAGGCGAGAUGCUGUGCACUUCGACAGAUGCCAAGCAUGUGCCUUACUUCAAUGCGCCAAUCUAGUGAGUCUGUUUUCAAUCGUCUUCUGCGGCAGGUACGCAGGCGCAUGCGCCCUGUCACACGCCGAUACUGACUUGUUCCGUACGUCGCGCUCCUCAAGCUUGGCGAACAAAUCCCAAAUCGGCAAAGUGGACGAGAUUCUUGGACCGAUCAAUGACGUUUUCUUCACAGUCAAGAUGGACGCCGGCAUGGUAGCGACCAGUUUUAAAGCGGAUGAUAAAGUCUUUAUCGGUGGUGACAAGCUUCUGCCCAUCGAAAGAUUCUUGCCCAAGCCAAAGGCGCCUAAGGGUGAGUAUGGUGCUGGACACGCAUGCGAUCUGCAUUCAGUCCAUCAUUUCCGUCAAAUCCUUGAUGUGAGGAUAGAGAGUGGAGAAUCACCGCUGACACUAUCUCGCUGUUUCGCUGUUUCGCGCGCACAGGAGCCAAAAGAGGAGGUGCCAGAGGCAAGCCAGCUUCUCGCGGAGCUCCGCGGGGUGGAAGAGGCUUUGGAGGUGGAAGGGGCGCACCUCGCGGACGGGGAGGAUUUGGGGGUGAUCGGGGAGGCAGAGGCGGAGGCGGCUUUGGCAGAGGUGCUCCGAGGGGAAGAGGUGGGUUUGGCGGAGGAGCAGGUGGUAGAGGAGGUUUCAGAGGCGGUAGAGGAGGUUAUUGA